AUGGCGGACGGGUUGGGAUUCUUCGGCGGCGGCGGCAACUAUAGCGACAGCAGCGAGUCCGACAGCGACGCCGAGGAUGAGCGCGAGGCGGCUGUCGCCCCCAACCCAGGGGCUGGUGACGAGGAGGGACGGUCCGCGAAGGAAAAAGAAGGCACGCAGCCGAAGGGUGAAGACGACGGCGAUCCGCCGGAGCGGGAGAUCGCCGACGCGCCGCGGGGGAACAGUUCAUCGCUUCCCUCCUUUGCCGACGCGAUGAAAUCCACCGAUGGCGUCGCCGCGUCGUUCACCACGGCGGGUGCGGCGACCGGCGCGACUGGCUUCGGCCGCGAGCUCACCGAAGCGCAGAGGGCGGUGGCGGAGCGCAAGGACGACUCGUUCUUCACCGGUAACAUGGGGUUUAAGACCGACCUGAGCGCGUUGACCAAGGUGGCGUACAUCAACCUGGACAUCAGCAAGGCGAGGGACGUGCCCCGCAGCGUCGUCCAGAGGCUGCGAGGCAAGGACGGCCGGGGUUUGCAGCGGAUCACGCGGGAGACGGGCGCCAGGGUGGUGUGCGAGCAGGAGGCGCUGGGGCACGAGGACGACGAAGGUCCGAGACGGGUGAUGGUCGUGGGCGAGCCGGACGCGGUGGAGAGGGCGCUGGAAAUAGUCGACAGGAUGGUGCGCGAGGACAGCGCGGAGGUGAGCAUCACGGUGAUGUGCCCCGCGCACUGCGUCGGCGGCGUCAUUGGCAAAGGCGGCGUCGUCAUCAAGAAGAUUCAGCGAGACACCGCCGCGACGGUGGUGGUGCACGGCAGGCGGGACAUCGAACGGUUCGCGGGGAACGUGGGGUUCAACAGCGACGUCUACGAUGAACCGCUGAGGAAGAUCGAGUGCAAGGGCGCGCCCAAAGCGGCGAAGGCGGCGUCGGAGGAGGUCAAGAAGAUCAUCCUGCAGACGGAGAAGGACCUCGGGAUGGGGGACCACUGGUCCACGAAGCGGCUGCGCGAGGAGGCUGAGAACGAUGCGCUGAGGCGGGAAGACGAGCGGUUCGAGCUAGAGGAGAAGAAGCCGAAGGCGCCCAAGUACGGAGACGCCGACGAGCACGACGCCAUCUUCGGAGGGACGCUCAGCGAGGGGUUGGGCCUUGGGCGCCACUGGUGA